CAGACGUCGUUGCGUAAGCGUCGAUUGCCGAGUCAUGGAUAGCUGUUGUUUAACACCUGACGCUACAAGGACGAACUGUAUUGGAGCUUUUAUCCGCCCGGCUGAGAGCAGCAAUGACAGAAACACAGCGUAGAAGAAGCUGAAGCUUCAGCUAGAUACGGCUGUUUAGUUUUAAAACCGAGGGUGUUGGCGACAACAAACCGGUUAACCUCCCACCGGACGGCUAAUCUCUGUUGGCGAUAAGUGCAGGCUCUACUCUAUAUUAUCUGAAUUGGACGAGCAAGUGAUGGUGUUCAUCCAGAGCUACUGUGAGGGAAACAUCUCCAUCUCCCACACCUGGGUGGAUUUGGGUAUCUCCCCCUGCUUCCACUUCACCCUCAUCUCCACCAUCCUGCUCUCCAUCUGCUUCUUCCUCGGCACCGUCCACUGCAUCUGCUACCAGAAGUAUGGCACCCCCAUGGAGUCCAAAUUCAUCCCUCGCUCCCACCUCUACGGCCUCCAGCUGGUCCUCACCAUUGUCCUCUUGCUCCAAUUCCUGGCUGGGCUGGUGUGGCGAGCGGCCGACGGCGGGGAGCUCCCGGGUUACGUGGUGCUGUACGGCUGCUUCUCGAUGCUGGGGUGGUCCUGGGCAUUGGGCGUGCUCUGGGUGGAGAGGCGGAGGGUCCCCCUGAUGGACCGGACGAGGGGUCACAGCACCGCCCUGCUGGUGUUCUGGGCCUUUGCUUUCUCUGCUGAGAACCUGGCCUUCGUAUCCUGGUACAGUUCACAGUGGUGGUGGGCACUGGAGACCAGUCAGCAAGAGGUGGAGUUUGCUCUCUGGGUGAUCCGCUACGUCUGCACCGGGCUGCUCUUCUUUGUUGGUCUGAAAGCCCCCGGCUUGCCCCGAAAGCCCUACAUUCUCCUUAUCAAUGAAGACGAGCGGGACGUGGAAAACAGCGCACAGAGCCUGUUAGGAAGGCCAGAGGAGAACCAGUCCACCUGGCAGGGGUUCAGGAAGAAGGUCCGUCUGCUUGUUCCCUACAUGUGGCCCCGAGGCAACAUCGUCCUCCAGCUGCUGGUCCUCUUCUGCUUGGGCCUGCUGGGAGUGGAGAGAGUUAUUAAUGUCUUUGUACCCAUCUACUAUAAAAAUAUUGUUAAUGGAUUAACCGAUGGCAGCAGCUGGCACACCGUGGCGUCCACGGUGGGUGUGUAUGUCGCACUGAAGUUCCUGCAGGGUGGGGGAGCAGGCGCCUCCGGGUUCGUCAGCAACAUGCGCUCGUUCCUCUGGAUCCGGGUGCAGCAGUUCACCAAUCGGGUGGUGCAGGUCCGCCUGUUCGCCCACCUGCACUCGCUCUCGCUCCGCUGGCACCUGGGCCGCAAAACCGGCGACGUGCUGAGGAGCAUCGACCGCGGCACGUCGUCAAUCAACAGCCUGCUCAGCCACAUUGUGUUUAGCAUCUUUCCAACCAUCGCUGAUAUUGUAAUUUCCAUCAUCUACUUCGCCACUAACUUUAACGCCUGGUUCGGCCUGAUCAUCUUUGUUUGCAUGACCUUGUACCUCGCUCUGACCAUCAUCAUCACUGAGUGGAGAACCAAGUACAGACGAGACAUGAAUCUGCAGGACAACGCUGCCAAGUCCAAAGCCGUGGACUCUUUGUUGAACUUUGAAACGGUAAAAUACUACAACGCAGAGAACUACGAGGUCGGCCGGUUUGAAGACGCCAUCUUGAAGUAUCAGGCUUCAGAGUGGAAGACUCAGGCGUCCCUCGCCUUACUCAAUCAAACCCAGAACGUCAUCAUCGGAUCUGGACUGCUGGCCGGCUCUUUGCUCUGUGCCUAUUUUGUUACAGAGGGGAAAUUUCAGGUGGGAGAUUUUGUUCUUUUCGGUACAUACAUCAUCCAGCUUUACACCCCUCUCAACUGGUUUGGAACCUACUACAGAAUGAUCCAGAAUUCCUUCAUCGACAUGGAAAGCAUGUUCAAGCUGUUUGAGGAAGAAGAGGAGGUGAAAGACGAAGUUAAUGCUGGAAAUUUGCAGUUCAAACUGGGAAGAGUGGAGUUUGACAGCGUCUACUUCAGCUACACCAAUGGAAAGGAAAUUCUCAGGGAUGUCUCCUUCACCGUUCUUCCAGGACAGACUGUUGCACUGGUUGGACCAUCAGGAUCUGGGAAAAGUACCAUCAUUCGCCUUCUUUUCCGCUUUUAUAAUGUUCAGGGAGGCUGCAUCCGCAUUGAUGGCCAGGAUAUCUCAAAGCUGAAGCAAAGAUCUCUCCGGGCGCACAUCGGUGUGGUUCCUCAGGAUACGGUGCUUUUCAACGACACGAUCAGGGACAACAUUCGCUACGGUCGCAUCACUGCGUCCGACAGCGAGGUGGAGGAGGCAGCCAUAGCUGCCGACAUACAUGACAAGAUCAUGACUUUCCCUGAAGGCUAUGACACGCAAGUGGGCGAGAGAGGUCUGAAGCUGAGUGGAGGUGAGAAGCAGAGGGUUGCUAUUGCCAGAACAAUCCUGAAGGCACCUCAGAUCAUCCUGCUGGAUGAGGCAACAUCAGCUCUGGACACGCAGACAGAGCGCAACAUCCAGGCCUCUCUGGCCAAAGUCUGCACCAAUCGCACAACCGUCGUCGUAGCGCACAGGCUGUCCACCAUCAUUGGAGCGGAUCAGAUCCUGGUGAUCAGUGAGGGUCGGAUCGCUGAACGAGGACGGCAUGACGAAUUGCUGUCCAAAGGGGGUCUAUAUGCAGACAUGUGGCUGAAGCAGCAGCAGGCCCACGACUUGGAUUCCUCCUCAGACACCGAAGCAAAAGAUCGCAAGUCUGAGAAACUACAGCCACCGUCCACCUCUUCAGCCCAUCAAGGGCAUUGAUUGUAUUUAUUGCUUGAGACAACAAAGUGUGUUUUUGUACUCUACUUGUCAGAUUUGAUGCUUUAUUUAAAAGUAAAAGAACACCGAGCGACGUGGUGAUAUUUAUUUUAGGGAACGUUCCAAGUGUCUGUGCAAUGUCAGGUCAGGUAGAAAAAGGGAAGGUGCCUUUAAAGAACUGAGGAUAUGACACUACUAUCAGAUGUAUGAAAAUACACACUCAUGUUAAAGCUCAUAUCAUAACUGAUAUGAUUUUAUAUCGAGAUACCGGGGCAAAAGGUCAAAAUAUUAGCAAAAAAAAAAAAGCAGCACUUCUGCUACUCGUCAGGGUUUUUUGUCUUUUUGUUCUUAUAUUUUGCGUUUACUUUAUGUUGUCUCUCUUUUCUCUCUUCUAACAAGCCAUCCAUUUUUGAACUCUAAAGAAAUUAAAAUAUAAGGGAAUAAAACCAUUCAGCUUAAUCAAGAAAUGAAUAACUCGGCGCGACUGUGAUGAAUGACAGUGGGGCGAAGUACAAGCUGUCAGGAAUUUUCUUUUAUAUGUCAACAUGUACAACGUUACUUGAGGUGAAACUUUUUAAGUGUACAGUUCAAUCAGUUUAGCAUAGUGGGAUGUAAUAAUUGCUUUAUUCUCAUAAUGGUUUACAGAAACAGUCAUGCAUGUCUACUGCUGUACCAACCAUUUCACACCGUCAGGAUACACACAAACUCAACUAUUAGUUCUCAGUAUGUGAAAUGUAAACAUACAUUUUGUGCUGAACCGUGUUAUUUCAACUCUUUUUCUUUUCUUCUCAAUCUACCGACUUGUGGAUCUGAAAAUGUAUAUUUGGUUCUGUGGAAAUUAUAGAACUGUUUGCCUUGUUAUAAUAAACAAUAAAAAUCUAUUUUUCACAA